AGUGGUAUAAACGCAGAGUACAUGGGAACCUACACCCAUGGAGCUCGAGAAGGUCCAGGACAUCGCUUCCGCCGUGCUCUCCUCCGGCACUCUCCCGGCCCAGUUCAUCCGCCAGGAGACCGAGCAGCCUGGCAUUACCACCGUCAAGGGCCAAACCCUCGCCGUUCCGGUCAUCGAUUUCAGCAACCCGGAUCAACACUCUGUUAUUCAAGCCAUCGAUGAUGCCUCUCGCCAUUGGGGCAUGUUUCAAAUCAUCAACCACGAUAUCCCCAAUGAAGCAAUCGCCCAUUUGCAGGCCGUUGGGAAGGAAUUCUUUGAGCUCCCAACAGAGGAGAAAGAGGUGUACGCUAAGCCCCCUGGUUCCAAAUCCGUCGAAGGCUAUGGAACUAAGCUCCAGAAGGAAGUCGGUGGAAAGAAGGAUUGGGUCGACCAUUUGUUCCAUAUCAUUUGGCCGCCGUCUGCCAUUAACUUCAAAUUCUGGCCUCAAAAACCCCCUUCUUACAGGGCUGCAAACGAGGAGUACAGAAAGCAUUUACAUGGGGUUGUGGAUAAGCUGUUUAGAAGCCUGUCACUGGGGCUGGGGCUUGAAGAACAUGAACUGAAACAGAGUUCCGGUGGAGAUGAUUUAGUGUAUUUAAUGAAAAUCAACUACUACCCACCAUGUCCACGCCCUGAUCUAGCUCUUGGAGUUGCUCCUCACACCGACAUGUCGGUCAUUACAAUUCUUGUGCCCAAUGAUGUUCAAGGCCUCCAGGCGUUCAAAGAUGGCCAUUGGUACGAUGUCAAUUACAUCCCCAACGCCCUCGUCAUCCACAUCGGCGAUCAAAUUGAGAUUCUGAGUAAUGGGAAGUACAAGAGCGUGCUGCAUAGGACGACGGUGAACAAGGAGAAGGCGAGGAUAUCGUGGCCGGUGUUCUUGGAGCCACCGGCGGAGUUCGAAGUUGGGCCUCAUCCGAAACUGGUCGAUGAAGACAAUCCGCCGAAGUUCAAGACGAAGAAGUACGGUGAGUAUGCGUAUUGCAAGCUUAAUAAAAUUCCCCAGUGACUGUACUGAACCAAACUGCGCCGCCGCCGCCGCCUCCGUCGUCGUUUGUUUUGUUUUUAAGAACUAAACUGCAGUAUGGACCAGUUGCUUUUAAGAACUUUUGUGUUACUUUAAUCCCAAUUAUUAAUAAUUAUUAUUUAUAAAUUAUGUGUCA